CGCCGGGUCCGCCAUCUUGUUCCCAGGGGCAGUUGGCGGAAGAGAUCGAGCUCACUUGCCGCCGGCUCCUCUUCUGCGUGGAGUUCUCGCGGACUGGGUUUCGCUGUUUGCUCUCGGCCCGGGGUCCUUUUGUCGGCGCCCUGGGUGCCCUCUCUUGCCCGGCUGGGGCACAGCAAGGCGGCCCCUUCUCCCGACGACGUUCCAUGGAGUAGGGUCCCAGACCGUUGUCCCGAAGAGCGAGAUCGAGCUUGGCCCCCUCCCCCCCCUCCUUCCUUCCCUCCCUCCUUCCUUCCUUCCGCCGCAACAUGGCUAACAACAGCCCCGCGCUGACAGGCAACUCACAGCCGCAGCACCAGGCCGCCGCUGCUGCGGCUCAGCAACAGCAGCAGUGCGGCGGCGGCGGCGCUACCAAGCCGGCGGUCUCGGGCAAGCAGGGCAAUGUGCUCCCGCUCUGGGGCAACGAGAAGACCAUGAACCUCAACCCCAUGAUCCUGACCAACAUCCUGUCGUCGCCUUACUUCAAAGUACAGCUCUACGAGCUCAAGACCUACCACGAGGUGGUGGACGAGAUCUACUUUAAGGUCACGCACGUUGAACCAUGGGAGAAAGGAAGCAGGAAAACAGCGGGCCAGACAGGGAUGUGCGGAGGGGUUCGAGGUGUUGGAACAGGAGGAAUUGUUUCUACAGCAUUUUGCCUGUUAUACAAAUUAUUUACCCUGAAGUUAACUCGAAAGCAAGUGAUGGGUCUUAUAACACACACAGACUCUCCAUAUAUUAGAGCUCUUGGAUUUAUGUAUAUAAGAUAUACACAGCCCCCUACAGAUCUAUGGGACUGGUUUGAAUCCUUCCUUGAUGAUGAAGAGGACCUAGAUGUGAAGGCUGGUGGAGGCUGUGUAAUGACCAUUGGAGAAAUGCUACGAUCUUUUCUCACAAAACUGGAGUGGUUUUCUACCUUGUUUCCAAGAAUUCCAGUUCCAGUUCAAAAGAAUAUUGAUCAGCAGAUUAAAACCCGACCUAGAAAAAUCAAGAAAGAUGGGAAGGAAGGUGCUGAGGAAAUAGACAGACAUGUUGAACGCAGACGUUCAAGGUCUCCAAGGAGAUCUCUGAGUCCACGGAGGUCCCCAAGAAGAUCAAGAAGUAGAAGUCAUCAUCGGGAGGGCCAUGGGUCUUCUAGUUUUGACAGAGAAUUAGAAAGAGAGAAAGAACGCCAGCGACUAGAGCGUGAAGCCAAAGAAAGGGAGAAAGAACGGCGAAGAUCCCGAAGUAUUGACCGGGGGUUAGAACGCAGGCGCAGCAGAAGUAGGGAAAGGCAUAGAAGUCGCAGUCGAAGUCGUGAUAGGAAAGGGGAUAGAAGGGACAGGGAUCGAGAAAGAGAGAAAGAAAAUGAGAGAGGUAGAAGACGAGAUCGUGACUAUGAUAAGGAAAGAGGAAAUGACCGAGAAAAAGAGAGAGAGCGAUCAAGAGAAAGGUCCAAGGAACAGAGAAGUAGGGGAGAGGUAGAAGAGAAGAAACAUAAAGAAGACAAAGAUGAUAGGCGGCACAGAGAUGACAAAAAAGAUUCCAAGAAAGAGAAAAAACACAGUAGAAGCAGAAGCAGAGAAAGGAAACACAGAAGUAGGAGUCGAAGUAGAAAUGCAGGGAAACGAAGUAGAAGUAGAAGCAAAGAGAAAUCAAGUAAACAUAAAAAUGAAAGUAAAGAAAAAUCAAAUAAACGAAGUCGAAGUGGCAGUCAAGGAAGAACUGACAGUGUUGAAAAAUCAAAAAAACGGGAACAUAGUCCCAGCAAAGAAAAAUCUAGAAAGCGUAGUGGAAGCAAAGAACGUUCCCACAAACGAGAUCACAGUGAUAGUAAGGACCAGUCAGACAAACAUGAUCGUCGAAGGAGCCAAAGUAUAGAACGAGAGAGCCAAGAAAAACAGCAUAAAAACAAAGAUGAGACUGUGUGAAAAUAUUUUGUAAAAGUGGAUCACAUUGAAUCCUAUAAAUGAUUAAAUCUGCUUUUUUUCCCCCAAGUUGAGAUUGUGCAGUAGUUCGCACUCCUCAAGCUCUCCCUGUAGACUGCAUUUUCAUUUCCUCUUUUGUGUAGGGAAGUGCCUUUGUAAUUCCAUUUAUUGCAUUGGUGUUUUCACCCAAUUGUUAAGUUUGAUACAUGAUGCACAGAUUGUUCUUGCAUUUUUAUUGUUUGUUUUUGAAAUGUACAGUCUGUACAUAUGUCCUGAAAAUGUUUUAAUUCCUUUGGCAUGGUUGCCAUGUUGGUUAAAUUUGUAUAAGGCAAUAAACUGCCACUAAUCUAUUUUUGUUUUGUAGGUGUGGGAUUAUGGUUUGUGUACUGAAGUUAGCAUGGCUGUGCUUUUCGUAAUAGAAUGCUAAAGACUUUGAGAAUGGAACUUGGAUGUCUGUUGUAGGAGAAAUACGUGCUGCCAAUGUACAUGAAGGCAGCAUUGUAGGAUUAACAUUCUUGUCCACUGUAUAUUAUCUUGGAAGGCUCUUGUUAAUAUGUUACACUUAAUAUUCUCCACAGUUACCUUUAGAGAGAAUUUAUGAGAAGUUAGUUUCUGAUGCAGAGGUUUUUAGGCUGUGAUUUCAUCAAAAGUCCUUUUAGCAUUCUACCUCAAAGGGACACUUAGUAUGCCUAAAAUUUAUUCACUUAGUUUUCCUUUUUUAUUUGAAAAAAAUACAUGACAUGUAAUCCUUUUUUCUUGAAUUCUUUCUCAGAUUUUAAAGUACUAUAUUAAAGAAAAAAAUUAAUGUCUGAAGCCUAGCAUUCUUGCAGAACCCUAUACUAACAUGUAAUUGGGAGAGGGUGGGGCAAAUGAGUAGAGAAACAGAUUCGAGUGUCAAGCUUCCAAAGCAUUUUUAUAAAUGGAAAAUCCUUAAAUUAUGAAACAGCUUGAUAUAGUGUCCUUUUUUUAAAAUUCCAAACUUUUUUUAUUGAUAAUGGAGAUUGCUGUUUGAGUUUUUAAACUUAAUCUAGAACAGAGGAGUAUUAAAAGUAAUGCUGUGCUGCAUUAUUUAAGACUAUCAGCAAAUUUGAUAGAUUGUUCUUAUGACUUGUAUUCUGAUUACAGAGAACCAUCAUGAGUGUGGAAUAAAUACUGGAUUAAAUCCUUUAUCCUGGGUCUUGGCUUUUCCCCCAUUUGUUAACUUUUUUUUUUUUAAAACAUGUUUUUAUUGUGGAAAUUGAUGAAACGUCAGUAGAGUCGCACUUUGUGUACAGGGAUGUCUUAGUUCCCAGGGGACAAGUGAAUUUUAAAGAAAUGCAGAGACUGGGAUUGGGCAUGUGGUGAUCAAUAAUCUUUAUUAGAAUUCUUGAUAAUGGCAGUUCCGUUUGUCAGUGGUUACGUGUCACUUGAUUAAUUUGUUCCAUGUCAAAGAUGUUUAUUGGGAUAUCCUUUACUUGGACAAUAUAUUAGCAUUUUUUAAAAUUUGGACUUGAAGGAAAUUUUUUAAGAUAAUUCACCCAGUUCUUUUUAGAAAAGAAAAUAGAGGCCCAAAGUAAUGUUGUCAGUGCUAGGGCUAAAACUGAGUAUUCUGACAGUGUAGUGAACCUGGCAUGCACAUUGACGUUUGUUUUAUCUCACUAGUUAUACUGGCCAACUAAUGCGCACUCAGAAGCCACCUUGCAAAAGUGUUAAAUGGAGCAAAUGAGUACACUUGCAAGAGUCCUCCAUAUGUGGGCUUAACAUUUGUACCACUCCAUUUUAGAAAAAUCUCAUUAAAUGAAUUCAUCAAAAAA